AUGCCUCCAGCCACCAUGCGUGCAGUCGUCCUCAAGGGUGACUACCAGGUUGCCGUCGAGGACAGACCGACUCCCAAGAUCCAGCAGCCCACCGACGCCAUCCUCAAGGUGUCUUCGACCGCCCUUUGUGGCUCUGAUUUACACUUCUACCGCGGCCACCUCAAAUGCCCGCCGAACUUUAUCUGCGGCCAUGAAUUCGUGGGGAGCAUUGUCGAAAAGGGGGAUGCCGUCCAGAACUUCCAGGUGGGCGACAAGGUCGUCGUGCCUUUCUACACGGCCUGCCAGGAAUGUUACUACUGUGUGCGCGGCCAAGCCAGCCGCUGCGCAAAGGGCGAACUCUUUGGCAACUCGGUCCCGGCAAAUACGGUCGAUGGCGGACAGGCCGAGUAUGUCAGAGUGCCCUUGGCGGCAACGACCUGUGUCAAGGCACCAACCGGAAUCCCCGAAGAGAUGCUCGUGCUGAUGGCGGAUAUUUUCCCGACCGGUUACUUUGCUGCGUCCCGGUUCCUGAAGGACCUUCCGCAGCGGGAUCGCGACGAGUUCACCACGGUCGUGAUCGGCUGCGGGCCUGUCGGCAUCUGUGCCAUCACCUGCGCCCUCACCAUGGUCAAGACGGUGUACGCCAUCGACUCCGUGCCCGAGCGGUUGGCCGAGGCAGAGAAGAUUGGGGCCAUCCCGAUCAAUCUCAACGACAAUCCGGUCGAGAAGAUCAAAGCGGCCAGCGGAGGCCGAGGCGCGGACGUGGUGCUUGAGGUCGUGGGACACGCAGACGCAUUCAUGCUGGCGUUCGACAUGAUUCGUCCCUGGGGUAAGAUCAGCUCGAUCGGCGUGCACACGGAACAGCUCCCUCUCAACGGUCUGCUGUGCUACGGAAAGAAUGUGACCAUGGCGUUUGGUCGCUGCCCGGUCCGGAGCAUUUUCGAGGAAGCGCUGGCCAUCUUGGUCAAGGAGCAAAAGAAAGUGGCCUUCCUGUGCGGCAAGACCAUGUCCUUGGAAGAUGCACCUCAGGCGUACAAAGACUUUGAAGCCCGAAAGGUCCUCAAGGUCGUGUUCAAGAUGCCUGGGGAGGCCACGGGGGAGAACGUGGUGGACAAAAUCUAG